AUGGCUUCUGCCGACGUCGCUUCCUUCAUAGGACAGCUAACUAAAUCAGGCAUUCCAUUCAAAACACCAACAGAUCCUGAUUGGGCUACGUAUUCAUCAACUUAUAAUCUACGCCUUCCGGUCACUCCUGCUGUUGUCGUUGUCCCAUCCACGAUCGAACAUAUCAGCAAUGCCGUUACAUUUGCAGGCAAACAUGGAUUCAAAGUGCAGGUCCGAUCUGGAGGGCACUCAUAUGCAUCCUACAGCAAUGGAGGCUUGAAUGGUUCUGUGGUAAUAGACCUUAGGGAAAUUCAAUUCCGAAGUGUCUCGGCUUCAGAGGACCCCAACUGUGUUAUAGUUGGUAGCGGCAUGCGAUUAGGCGAGUUGGCUCAAACUAUUGACCAACGUAUGGGCUGGAAACGCGCUCUUCCUCAUGGCACUUGCGCAAGCGUUGGAGUCGGCGGGCAUUUCACGCAUGGAGGAUAUGGAUUCUUCUCCCGUGCUUGGGGACUUGCUAUGGAUCGCAUAGCAAAGAUCAUGGUGGUAUUAGCAAACGGUCAAUUGGUUCUUGCUGAUGAAAAUCAGAAUCCUGAACUGUUCUAUGCGAUGCGAGGCGCGGCUGACUCUUUUGGCAUCGCGGUAUCCUUUUAUCUUAAUACAGUGCCUACGCCCGAAUCUGUCAUACAUUGGGACUUUAAGGUCAGCGAUGCAACGAAAAGCGUCGAGAGUGCCAUCAGAGCCUUUCAGCAUAUCCAAGCAUUUGUUCACGAUAGCUCUGUCGUCGACCGCCAGCUGGGGCUCAAUGUGACUCUGUCAUCGGACUAUUUCGCAGUAGGGGGUGCCUACUUGGGAUCUCGCAAUGAUUUCGUACGAAAGGUCAUACCAGCAUUGCUAGAAGGCAUUCCCGAAUUUCCAACCAUCGAAGUCAAGCAGGUAGAUUGGGCAACGUCUCUCAAGCUACUCAACCAAGGCCGAGAACUAGACUCUCCGACAGAUUCCUUAGAGCAGGCCAAUUUCUUCGCCAAGAGCGUUACCAUACCCGAGCCGGGUUUUACUACCGAAUCGCUGACGGACUUCUUUACAUACCUCCUUGAUAAAGGCGCACGAGCACCUAUCUCGUACUUCAUCUUAGUCGACUUGUACGGUGGUGCCGACAGCCAGAUCAACGCCAAAGAUCUGAGCUUCUCCGCCUUUGCACACCGUAAUACUCUGUGGGUCACCCAACUAUACGGCUAUGUUGACAACGAGCAAGUAUUUCCACCGGAAGGUCUUGACUUCGUCAACGGAUUGGCGGGCGCCAUGACAGCGCGCCUCCCGGGUUACGGAGCGUACUCUAAUUAUACCGAUCCGAGUCUGCCAAGAGAAGAAGCAAAUGAUCUAUACUAUGGAAAAGAACUUCACAAGAAGCUGAAACAGUUAAAAAGGGUUAUAGAUCCGAACAACGUUUUUGCGAAUCCCCAAUCAAUUGAGGGAUAG